AUGCCGGGAUGUUUGUCACGGCUCUUUAAACCGUUCUCCCAUCAAUCGUCCGAGGAUCGUAGCUCUAGCGCUUGUGCUCCCCACCGCCAGACAGAGCUUGCCGUGAACCAUUCCAAGCUGAACGAGUUCAAUCCUACCUGCUUGCCAGUGGAAGUUGUUACACACAUCUUCUGUAUCCUGAAACCCCCAUCAGACCUAUAUGAUCCACGUACCGCUAUUCAAAGCCAAAUUAAACAUCCAUGGGACAUCAGGGCCACCAGCCAAUCCCCUCGCUGCUCGGCCAUGAAUGGACAAGGGAAAUGCUGGCUAGAUCCAAGGGAGCCCUUGACACUCGACAUACGUGGUUACACCAAGUUUUCACGUUAUGCUAUCCAUCUGGCAAUGACGCCAUUUCAUCCUAUCCGUUUGACAGUGAAGCAUUUAGUUCACACCCGUAUACUCAGAAAACUACAGGAUCUCCUUCGCUGUGCAUUUGGUCCCGCUCCUCUUUUGGUAUCCAUUACAGCCAUCCCCACAUCAUCAUACGAGCCCAACUCCACUAUCACAUAUGACACUGUAGCUGAGUUCAAAACCCCUGCGCUACGGAAACUCAUCCUGGAUGAUUGGAGUGUCGCGAUCUGGCCCACGCUUCGUGUAUUCAUCAAUGUUCACCAAAGAUUGUCGUCCCUGCGAACUCUUGCACUGGAGCUUAUUGGUCUGUAUACGAUGCCGAUGCUUCUGCCCAUCAUCAACUUGCCUCGUUUGUCGAGUAUCAAGCUAAGGGGGCUUGGACGGGACUGCUCUGUCAUGCUUCAGCAUAUAAGAAUUCCCUGCAUAAAGGCACUCGCACUCACGUGCGACUCAGAGAAGAAUGUCAACCUUCCUGACCUCCUCGCGGCUGUCUCUGCACUGCUCGCGCAAAAUGCAACAGAGGUAAAAGCACAGCUGCAAAAACCACACCGACGCCGCUCUUUAUCGGCUUUCAACAGACUGAGGUAUCUUCAUACUGCCACUUGACACCACUGCUGUCACUGAUCAUACGGCUGGCCGCGAUGGAGUCUUCCCAGGACAUGAUUGCAUCUCAUGACGUAUCUGACAACCCCCGCUGGGACCCGAACUGGCAGAUGGUCUUCUACUGUACACUACCGCGAUGCAACGGGACAACACCCAAAGCCGCAGCGCCUGUCAUCUGUAACAAACUUUGUCUUGACAGCGUAGAACAUGCGACCACGCGUGGGAUAUCCGGAGAUUCAUCAUUCAAAAAACAGCUCCUCAGGCAGAUGCCCGAGCUUCGUUCCGUAACUUGGAACCCAUGUCAAUGUUUGAGUUGUUGUCCGCAGAAUGCCAAUUCGACGGAGAUGACUCUAACUUGAUAAAGCUGUUUAAAAAGUGGACGAAUUAGGCUUAAAACUGCUGUCUUUGACACCGGAGGCGUGCCGGGGCACACGGAUGAUUU